AUGAAGUUUAAAACAUAUCUUGCAAAAGAUUCCAAGUUAAGUGAAGGCUUAUGUGUUUUGGGCUGGAGCAACAAUGAACAUAUUUACAGCUGCGGUAAUGAUCAACAAAUUUAUAAAUGGACCUCCACAAAUAGAGAGUUUAUGCAGGUGGCAAAGUUACCCGAUGGAUUUGUUCCAAGUGAUCUUCAUUGGCUUGUUUCUAAAAAUGGUAAUUUAAGCUCGAGUAGCAGUGCAGGGCCAGCUGGUGGUAAAGCUGCCGAAUGCCUUUUAUUAGCCGGCACGGAAGGAAGUUUUGUAAUACUGAACAAAAGUGUUCGCUUCGAUCGAAACGUGAUGGCCCAUUUAGGAACAAUCACUUCCUCUCGCUGGAGCCCCGAUGGGAGCGGUUUGUUAACAGCUGGUGAAGAUGGCAUCAUAAAGAUUUGGUCCCGUUCUGGAAUGCUAAGAUCAACCGUUGUACAAAAUGAAGGGCCAAUACGGUGUGCCAGGUGGGCUCCGGAUGCUUCAGCCAUCGCCUAUAGCCAGGGAACGUUUGUUUCAAUCAAGCCUUUGGCUGCAAACAGCAAAAUUUUAAAAUGGAGGGCACAUGACGGAAUGGUUCUCUGUUUGUCGUGGUCAAACAAUACAGGAAUGAUUGCGACAGGAGGCGAAGAUUGUCGUUAUAAGAUCUGGGAUACUCAGGGCACGAAUAUCUACGUUAGCGUGACGGACGACUUCGCCAUAACUUCGGUAGAAUUUAGCCCGGAUGGAAUUUUGUUGGCUGUGGGAGGCUUCAAUAUGAUAAAACUUUGUCAUUUCUCUGGGUGGAGCCAUAGCAUUGUGCGAUUCAAUCAGCAAGUGAUCGGAUCGCUGUUCAACAUCGUUUGGGCUACUGACGGAACACAAAUAGCGGCAUCGACUAGCACUGGGAUAAUGCUCUUUGGGCAUAUCAUUGAACGAGAAUUGCGUAAUCGUAACCUAAAGGCGAUGACCAUAGGCCGGAAGACAAUUUUGCUGCAAGAUAUCGUCUGUCGUACAAGCGAUACACUGGAUUUUCCUGAGCGUAUCAUUAAAUGGGAACUAGGAUAUGGACACUUGGUUGUUGCUACCGUACACCAGCUUCACAUCUUUAACGAGCACUACGUCAACACUCCAAUUAUCAUAGAUGGGCGCAGUGAUAUUCGCCUUAUCAAACUCGGAAGAAAAAACUUUCUCGUGGUAGAUCAUGCUUCUAUAUGGAUCUAUACAUACUCAGGACGGCUGCAUCUCAAUCCCCGGUACAAUGGUUCACAGACGCAGGUAGCACAACUUAAUGCCCGCUGUAUUUCCCUUGGCAUAGAUUGUUUUGCAGUGCGAGAUCAUGCCGAUCAGACCAUCGUUCACGUGUUUGAUUUGUUGCCAAGUGCAACCCGACAAGAAGAACCAUACAGUAUACACUCAAAGGCAAUAGUGGUUGAAGUGGCUGUCUGUCGGUUCGGCAAUCCUGCUGAUCAAUACCUGGUAUAUUUGGAUGCAAACCAGGACUUGUACAUUGCAAGCGUACAUGAUGGCUCUGAGUUCAUAUCCUACAAAAUCGGAGCCCAGGUAACUAACGUGAUGUGGUCGAGUGAUACAAACAUUUUGGUGGGUCUGCACGAUCUCAGCUACAGCGUAUGGUACUGCCCUGGAGAAGCGUGCACCGAUCCAACUCUGAUCGCUCUCACAACAUUCACAUACGACACCAGCGAGAUCGGUAAGAACAUUUCGCUUGAAAACUUUGAAGGUGCAAAUGUGACAUUUCGCAGCUCUGGAGCAAUCUUCACGGUAUCGGUGAAACCUUAUUGUGUAAUACUGCACAAGCUCUUUGCUGAAAAUCAAUGGGAAAAAGCGCUUAAACUAUGCCGCUUGAUGCAAAGUCAGCUGCUAUGGGCCACAUUGGCGGCGAUGGCCUCGAAGCGUAACCAGCUUGAUAUCAGCGAAGAAGCAUUUUGCGCUUCUUUGCAAAUCGAUAAAGUCUACCACCUGGAAUACAUCAAAUCAAUGUCACCCUCUAGUCCGAAACAUAUGGCUGAAAAUUCCAUCAUGAGUGGUCGUGUGCAGGAGGCAGAAACUAUUCUACUUCACAGUAAGCGUUUAAAGGAGGCCAUAAGGCUCUCCAUUCGAGUUCAUCGUUGGGAGGAGGCCUUAGAAUUGGCCUUAAAACAUGGAAUUGAUGUAGAUUUUGUACUAGCGGAACGCGCAAGGUAUUUGCGAGCGCUGGAGCGUGAAGAAAAUAAUUCACACUUUCUUGCAACAAGAAAAAACCCAUAGCUAGGGUGCCGAAUGCGUUAGUCGCCCUAAAACAUGUUUUGCCUAGUGUUGUUUCGUAGAAAUUUGAUUUAGACCUAGUUUCAGGAAUUCGAUGGCUUUCAGCAUGCAAGAAAAUGGCGGCUUAAAAA